UUAUUUUUUCUUAUUUUCUUAAUCGGUUCAUAUCUUCUUCGCCUCCCUUCCUCUUGCUCUUAUUUCAAUAGAUUUUUCGCCUCCCUUCCUCUUGCUCGCUCGUUCUCUCAUGAGUCGAUACACUGGUGGAAAUACUGAAUACUUUUUUGACAUAACCAUUUCCCUAUAAAAUUUAGCCAUUCUAUUUAAAUUAUGUAAAUCUCACAACUAUCUUCAUAUCAAAUACAUAAGCAUUUAGCUAAUGAAAAUUAUGGUGUAGAAUAUCAUUUUUAAAGAUGACGGUACUAAUUUUUUCCAGAUUUGUAGUAAUGAUUUUCAAAAUCAAUGGUUUAUAGUAGUAUCCAUUUUACAGAUCUUUUCAUAUUUAUGGUGUAGUAAUGAUUCUGAGGUAACUAUUUGUUUUAAGAUAGUUUUUUUUAUAGAAACCUGCUCGAAGCUUUAUUGAUCAAUCGAAGAAAAUUCGAUGCUAAGAAGAACAUUAACCUCAACAAGAAAAUAUCUAACUAACUAGAAGAAAAUUCCUAAAUCACUACCGAUAACGAUUCAUCACUACAAGAAAAUAUCAAAUCACUACUAUAACCGUGAAAACACUACUAAAUUAAUUAGGAGUAAUUUUUCUGUUGUAAUAUUUUCACGUAUAAUAUGCCUAUUACAAAGAAGAUAGAGAUACUUUAAAUUUUAAUUAAUUCAUUAAAUUAAUUUUAUCAUAUACAUAAUAAGCCCCUCAUUACUCUCCACCAUCCGAUUUAAGUUAAAACUAAAAUGAACGGUGAUUAGAUUGUUUAGCAUGGUGCUAACUUCUAUAGAGAUUUAGCACUCUAACUCGUCCCAAAUGGGUAAGUUCGAUGCUAAGAAGAAGUCAAUGAUUCUGUUUAUAGAGAAUCAAUUGAGAAUUUUGUUUAUAGGGCAACAUGUGCUCUAAAAAUAGGUAAUUAAUUCAAAUAUAGUGGUAGAACACUCUUAAACAAUAUCAAAUUGAUAGAGUUCAAUUCUUGGCAUAUAAAAGGUAUAUAUAUAUAUUUCUUUUCCCAAAACUUACCUGGCAGGCAGGCUGCCUCCGCCUAUUGCCGGGGCCAAUACCGGAGAAAAAUACAUUCUAAUUGGUCUGGAAAAUGCACGUUGUGAUGCAUGCAGAUUACUCCGGGUCUGAUUCUGAUCAGAGGACGUCGUCGGAGCUGCCGGGAGAAGCCGCAGCUGCUGCUACGCGCUCAGUACCGGCGAAUGAUGAUGAUGAGAACGGUGGUCAACUCUGGCAGCCUCCUGCACGCGACAGCUCUCCUCCUCCUUCAAGUAAACCAGAACAUGCACAGAAGAAGAGGCUGUGGACGUCGAUGACCUGCACAAUUGCCUGCAACAAAGGCCAUCGUCCGCAAGACCAGCAGCAGCAGCGUUACAUAGAGCCAGAAAUGUCAGCCAAAACAGCAGCCGGAGAGGAUAUUGAAGGAGCGGUGGUGGUUGCUGUAAGGGUUGUCUUUAUUUGACAACUUGACUUGUAAUUAGGGACACAAAAUAUAUAGUACGGAGACAGACAACGACCAAGAAUUCCUGUAUGCAAUAUUCCCCACCAUACAUUAUUCAUGUAUUUAUUUAUAAGGUUUAGUCCUUAUUCACUAGCUUAUAACCCGGCCCGUUGGCCGGAAUGUUUAUAUUUGAUUUUUUUAUACUUUUUAUGUUACAUUAAAGUCUAUCAACCUGUUUAAUUUUAUUGACAAUCUUUCAAUUGAGAUGAAACAUAAAGAAAGAAUAUAUAGGUCGAACAUUCAGAGAAAUAUCAUCAUCAUUUGAGAAAAUAAAAUUUAAAAAUGUAUAAAACAUCUUAUUUUCAUAAUGAUAAUUAAGGCCAGUUAAUAUGUUAUUAGUUAGUUGAUUGUUAAGAAAGAUAGAGUAUAAAAGCUCACUGGAAUUCCCACACGACCCAUAGAUAGUUUGAAACUGAAUCUAAAACCUCACAAUCCUACGUAAAUGUUUCAAUACUCUCAUUUUGGGGGCAAUAUGCCACUAAUAAAAAAGAAAUGGAGGGUUGUAGGUUCAAGUCAACUAUAUACUAACAACUCAGCUAAGAGAGGACCAUCAAAACUUGAGAGCAAACGACAAAAUUGGAUUACCUCCAAUAUACUAAUAGACUCGAUCAAAGUAAUAUGACGCAAAAUUAGGCAGUCCUUAUCUAUCAGUUCCAGCAGGCUGAAUAAAGAAUCGACCUACUUCAUUAAAUCAAUAAAUAAUUACUCGUUUUAAGAUAGAAAUAGGUUGUGGUAGCUGCAAAAACCAUAAACCUAAUGAUCCAAUAGCCACCACUCUCCAUUGAACGACCAAAUUUUUAUCUACUCUAUCUUCAAUCUGAAGAAGCAUAUGUUUCAACCAAACAUUCACUUUCUAAUCCUCCUUCUGCAACUCCAUUUCUGCUACUUUGAUGGACCUUCUCUCUGCGGCCCUCAAUUUCUCUUCCAAUUGGGGUUCUUGUCAACUCGCUCUUCAACUCCUCAAUCCCCUUCUUGUGUUUUGCCAACUCAUCUUCCUCAGGGGCAGUUCUAAUAAGUUCGCUAAAACCAAAACUCAUCUCCAAUUCCAUAAAUAUGCUCAUCUCCCCCCUUGCAUGCCUUCACCUGCUUCAGCACACUUCCAUGUCCUUCAAUAUCCUCUCCAUUUUCAUUAAUAUCCUCAUCAUCUCUCACUUCAACUGCUCCAGUUUUGCUUCCGCGUCUUUCAAUACCCUCCUCAAUUCGAUCACUACCCUCAGUAACUCCCUCUUCUCUGCCUUAACCUGCUACCGUUGAAUUUUUCUUCCCCCCACCACUCUCAUUCUCAAACUCAAUCCUAACCCUUCUACUCCAAGUUCAACACCCCAAACUCCUAGACUGUUGCAUGAAAGCUCAAUUUCUAACUAAUUCUAAAACAAUAUCAAAAUUUGAUUAGUGAGUUGGACCAUAAGAAUAAAAAUUAAUGAGGAAAAUUAUGGUUGCGGAGAACAUUAGUUCUCACAAAAUCAAAUAUGAGCGAAAAUAUUGUAAUUGAAAAGAAACCUUUUUUCUAAUUUUGAUCUUAUUUUAUUAUUUCAAUAGCUAAGCAAAGAACAAACAUAAUGUAUCGAAAACAAACAACAAAAAAGUAGACAGGGCUCUAGGAAAGUACAACUGCCCUGUUCUACACAAACAUCUCUUUUGCUUACAAACAAAUAUAGUACCCCAAACCAUCGUUCAAAUUCAUUUUCUAUAUUUAUAAAAAUCAUUCAUAAACAACAAACUUAGAUAAAUCGGGAAGGAAAUAAUAGCCUACCAGUUCAAGUCGAUGAACCUUAUAUGAAGAUAGAAACUCAUUGAAGUUGAAACCUAAUAACAGAAAGAGGAGAAAUGACGCAGGAGAUCCCCCGAGCUUUAAACAUCGUAUCAGGCAAUAAGAUCAAAAGAAAUAGAUAUUCUACAU